GGGAGCCGGCAGAGAGGGGUCAGCUGCGGCGGCAGGGGCGGCGGCGGCGGUAGCGGCGCAGCUCCGCUCCCCGCGCGUCUCCAGUCCCCGCGCCCGGAGAGGGCGCGCAGCCCCGCUGCCGGCAUGCGGCCGCCCGCCCGCCGCAGCCGCCGCCUGGCGCUCCCGGCACUGCUCUCGCUGCUCGCCUGCUCCCUGGCUUUUGCUUUGGUUUCUGAAGAUGUGAAGAAAGAGGUCAGACAGUCUAAGAAUUUGGAGAAAAGUGGUGUAUCAGAGAAAAAUGACAUAGAUUUAAAAGGAAUUGUAUUUGUCAUCCAGAGUCAAAGUAAUUCUUUUCAUGCGAAGAAAGCAGAACAGUUAAAACACAGCAUCUUAAAGCAAGCUGCAGAUCUUACACAGGAAGUCCCCAGAGUCCUCCUCCUCCACCAGCUGGCUCAGCAGGAAGGUGCGUGGACCGUGCUCCCGCUGUUACCACACUUUGCUGUAACAUAUAGCAGCAAUUCAUCAUGGAUUUUCUUCUGUGAAGAAGAGACAGGAAUACAAAUUCCACGACUCUUAGAAACACUCAGAAGAUACGACCCCUCUAAGGAAUGGUUUUUAGGAAAAGCAUUACAUGAUGAAGAGUCCACAAUAAUUCACCAUUAUGCCUUUUCUGAAAACCCUACAGUUUUUCAGUAUCCAGACUUUGCAGCUGGCUGGGCCCUUAGUAUUCCACUGGUAAACAAGCUUACCAAGAGAUUAAAGAGUGAAUCCCUGAAAUCCGACUUUACGAUAGAUUUAAAACAUGAGAUUGCUCUCUACAUCUGGGACGAAGGUGCCGGACCUCCCCUCACUCCCGUGCCUGAGUUUUGCACAGACGGUGUGGACUCCUCUUGUGCUACUACAUUCCAUUCUUUCCUACCACUUUGUGGAAAUCCAGUGAAGAAGGAGGAUAUUUUUGUUGCAGUAAAAACAUGCAAGAAAUUUCAUGGUGACAGAAUCCCCAUCGUGAAGCAGACUUGGGCGGCACAGGCAGGUCGCAUUGAAUACUACAGCGAUUACGCAGACAGUUCCGUUCCAGCGGUGGAUCUGGGAAUUCCUAAUACAGAGAGAGGUCAUUGUGGAAAGACAUUUGCCAUUUUGGAAAGAUUUUUGAAUCACAGCCAUGACAAAAUAGCAUGGUUAGUCAUUGUGGAUGAUGACACAUUAAUAAGCAUCUCCAGGCUCCGGCACCUGCUGAGCUGUUACGACGCCCAAGAACCCGUGUUUCUGGGAGAGCGUUACGGCUACGGCCUGGGCACCGGCGGCUACAGCUACAUCACAGGAGGAGGAGGGAUGGUCUUCAGCAGAGCAGCAAUCAGGAGACUCCUCGCCAGCAAGUGUCGCUGCUACAGCAACGACGCUCCAGACGAUAUGGUCCUGGGGAUGUGCUUUAGCGGCUUAGGAAUCCCUGUGACACACAGCCCUCUCUUCCAUCAGGCUCGGCCCGUGGAUUACCCUAAGGACUACCUGUCUCACCAGGUUCCCAUAUCGUUCCACAAGCACUGGAACAUCGAUCCCGUGGAGGUCUAUUUCACGUGGCUGGCACCCAGUGAGGAAGACAGAGCCAGGCGGGAGACACAAAAGGGCUUUAAAGAAGAGUUGUAAAGCGUGGUGGCCGUGGGCACGGGCAGGACGCAGAGGCAGAGACUGGCACUGUCCUGCUGUGCUGGAUGCCGCGGCUUACAUGUGGCACGUGGCAUCGGAAGCUUCCUGACUUUAGGUGGACAUCAUUAUUUGGUCAUUUUGGAGUUGGGGGCGGGGAAGGAGUCAUAGGGAAAACAGAUUUUUUUUUUCCUGGGAAAAAUCACUUGCUUUUGUAUUAUGCGGUUAUUGUAAUACACAGUGAUUACUGUGUAUUUUUCAAACUGUGAAAGAGCAGCUUUAUUUCUGUCACAGAAAAAUAAAUGGUACCAGAAGCCUCCUUCCUGUCCUCUCUCUUCAUUAUAAUGGAAGUUUCAUUUGGGCAUGAGACUGGAGAGAUGUGACUGUCUAUUAUUAUAUAUAUAAAAUAAAGAAGAGGGAAGGUCUCUUGACCUGGAUAUUAUAAUGGAGGUGAACUUUUUAACCGUAUUAUUGAUGACUGAAAUUAUUUCCUGGUAGCUCAGUAGGAAGAUUGCUGUAUUAAGGCUCAUUCAUAAAACAUCAUAAAAGUCUAGUGAUGAAAAAUCCUCUGUAGUCUAUAAUCAAGGUUGUUAUGUUUUAUCUAUUUUUCUGUUUGUGCCUCAUAAAAAGAGAAUAAGAAGUCUUCUGCGAGAGCUUUCUCCUCCUUUAGAUGUUCAUCUCUGUUCUGUUUCUCCCUGAAGCCCUAUCUUUAUGACCUACUUGUAACACAAAAGUGUACUGGCUGCUGCCAGAAAAAGUGUCCUCAAUAUUUAAAAAACAACAUGGUUGUAUUUUAUUCAAGUCACUGAGCUCUGUGUAAGUCUCGGGAAGUGAAUUAAAUUAAUUGUACCUGGUAUUUCCUCCUAUUUUUACUUGUAUGUUAUGUAAUGACUCUCUCCAGACUCAGAGCAGACGCCCUGGUGUAAGGGAUGACCGCAUGGUGAUUUGGCAACUUCUCAGAGUUCUUAAAAGAAUGAAAUUUGCAAACAGUAUUUUGAAAUAGCUCUUAUUUCCAAAUCAUACCUUUAAUAUAUAGUAAUUUAAUACAUUCUUAAUUUUUAAAGCUUAUUCUGUAUUUAACAUUUUAAUUAUAUAAUUCAGUUUUCUAAAGGUAUUUGCAUAAAAUUUGGUUUUGAUAUGUCAAACUAAUUCUGGUAUAGUAAAAUACUUUCCUCUUUUUUUAAAUAAAAAUUGUUAUUCAUUAAUUUUGCCUGUAAUGUUUUUAUAGCCAAGCACAGGGUUUUAAAGCCAUGCUACCUAAAGUACCCAUGUGUGUGUUUUUUUAACAAUACAUUUUUCUUGUAGCUUAUAUGUAACUGAUUUCCAAAAUGAUGCAAAAGUAUUUACCAUUUUUCCAAAUUAGCAAAUACCAGGACUCGUGUGUUUUCAGUGAUAACUGAAUAUACUGGAUUCAUUUCUGUGAAAGUGGAUUUUGUGGUCCGUCCAAGCAAUGGAUCCAGGAUGAUCGUCUGGGUGAGAAGCACCUGAAGGUGCUAUUGCUGAUGAUGUCAGUAUUGCUGUCAGAGCUGGGAUUACUGUCACGGUUACCAUCAUAGUCACCUUCAUGUUAUCUGUAACACUGCUCCUGGAGGGCCUGGCUGCCUGACCCAGUGGAGAAGAGCCUCCAGUUCCUACGCUUGCCUACCACUGUCACACUCAGAAAACAGUGUCUUCAUUUGCUAGGACUGUCCUGGCAUCUGUACGUGAAGGUCCAUGUCAUGCUUUCUCUGUGUUACGAUGAUCAGUGCCUUCUACUGAUACUGGAGCACCUUCUCUGGUACUUUUAAGUGUUUUGUUAAUUAUGUUUACUUUUUGGAAUGAUGUAAGCCUAACCACAAGUAAAAGACCUUUGCCUAA